UCUUCUUAUAUUUAUUUGUUAAAGCUUGAUUUAAUAUAUUGUAUAGGAAGCGAAGCAUGAAAACCGGUAUUGAAUUUUAAGAAUUCGUACGUUAAUUUACUUCCUCCUCGUCAAUUAUUUAGGAAUGGGAAACGACUGUACUGGAUCUAAGCCUUUAACAGAAUCUCAGUCUGGAGGUCCACAGAAAGAUGGACAGCCUGUGCAUGCUAAAGAAAGUGGUCAUCAUCGGUAUGCCGCACAAGGUAGUCACGGGCAUGCCGUAAAAGGUAGGCACCAUGGGCAACCGAAUGAAGGUAUGUCUGGUAAUUCGAGAAAUGAUCAGUAUGUACCGGAAUGGCAGCAUUCGAAGGGAGGACAGUACAGAUAUACGACAAAUGGCCAAAAUAGGCGUCCGGAGGGAGGUCGAUAUUUGCAAGGAAACAGCAGCGAGGAAAGGAACGCAUUAGAAUUACUUCGACAGGAAAAUGAAAGUUUAAAGAUUACAAUAGAUAAACUUAAAAACAAGUCAAAUUCAGAAAUAACAAAAGCCUGGGACGACAUGCGUGAAAGGUGCAAAGAAGCUAUGGUGAAAAAAGAAAACGAAUUAAGAUUACUGCAAGACAAAACAGACAGAAGGUACCAAGAGAUCAUACAGGGAAAAAACAGACAAAUUGAGACAUUUCGGCAAGACCUAAACAAGAUACAAAAAGAGAGAGACAAUCUUAUGACAAGGUACAGUGCUUUGGCUGGUAGCAAACUUACAGACGGCAAUGCUAAUAUUGCUGACCUUAGCGAUGAAAACCGACCGACAAAGUUAGCUGAACAAUACGCAGAGUUAUACGACAAUGAAUGGACUGAUGCCUUUACUGUUCUUACAGCAGAUGGAACUAGAACGAAUGAUGACGUUUGCCGUAUCCUUGCGGAAGCUUUUUGUAUUAUAUAUUCAACAACCAGAAAGGAAGCUCACAGUGACUUGGAGAAUUUGACCAAAAGCAUGAAAUCGUUUUUAAAGACAGACGAACUGCCAUCAGAAAUGUUAAAGACAAUAAAAGAUCGAAGGAAAAUGGAACCUGGUAGAUACUUGAAAAAUAUUAGGGAGCUUUACAGCGAUGAUAUGGGAAAGAUCCUUUCAUCUGAGGAACAAAAAUAUGUUUCACAGUUUUUGCAGAAAAGCGUUGAUCUUUGUUGGUUGAUGGCAGUUCAAGAUCCUCCAUUGUAUGUAGAUACAAAUUUGUCGCGAAUGGAUGAUAAGUUCGACACAAAUCAAUUUAAACCAUACACGGCAACGGGAAAGUUCAUCGACUUUGUAGUCUGGCCAACAUUGUAUCUGUUCGAAGAGGGUAACAUGUUGAGUAAAGGGAUUGCCCAAGGCAAGAAAAUUCGUAGAAAAAGCCAACAAUAUGACAACAUUGGAAUAAAUCGUGACACAGCAAAGAAUGACCUUAAAAGCCCCACACUAUCGAGUCCAGUAUCAUUUGUGCAAACAACCGAAGAAAAUAGCACAAGUCUUUCUGGGGCAAAACAUGAUAAAAAUGGAAAUGAUUAUGCAGUAGUCUCGCAAUAUCAGGGAAAGCUUGGAUCAUCGGUUGGACACCAAGGUCAAAAUUUGAAUUGUUCACAAAAUGCUGGGGAAAACAUGUCCCCCCGUGGCGAAGGUAAGAAAGAUUCAAUCAGUGUGUCAAGAGAAAAUGAAAGUGCAAGUACCCCAGGUCCAGCAACCACUGACGAACCAAACAGUCGACCUAAAUCAUAUGCUAGCGCAUCACAUUCCCCUACAACAAAACCGACGAAGACGACUUAUAAAGCAUGGGCAGCUGAAUCAACAGAAACUGAAAUAACUAAAGAGGUGACUCUGGACAUUCAAGAGAAAAAUGUCACAAGUAUUAAGAUUUAACGAGGUAAUUACAUGGCAUUUGCAAUUUAAUGUAUCACAACAAGACUUCUUAGACGAAUAAUUGAAAAUAUCAUUAUAACUAGCCUAAGUGAAAUAUCUAGCAGCAUUUCUACAUUAUAAUAGUAACUGCACUGCUAAGUGAAAACCAUUAAACUUGUGUAAGUACAAUGCCACGAGGUUACAUAGAAUUUGAUAUUUAUACUUACAACGCAGGUACAAUGUUAACAAGUAUCCCUAACGUAUGUAGCAUUGCAUCGUGAAAUCGACACAGAUCAUUUAAGUGGAACAGACAUAUUAGCAUAUUUUGUUGAGCAAUAAAUUUACGUACAUUGGCGUAGGAGCAGUCUAAAAAUGCGAGGAUAUUGCAUUUGGGGACCGACCAGUGAAACGUAAAAACCCAUAAAACGGAUAAAACAGAUAUCACCUCAAAUCCCUAUCAGUACAUCUGAAUAUCUAAUUGCUCCCCGACUGUUUUUCUUUAUCUACUUUUAUUUCUGAGAAAAAAAGUUUUGGGCUAAAAAGUUUCUUCUAUUAUUUCUGAGGAAAAACGUUUUGGUGUAAAAAGUUGGGGGGAUCAAUGCAUAUGCUGCCCCCAACAUUCAUCCCAUCCUUUUUCUCAUACGCCUAAUUUCAUGUUAAUAUAUAUUUGUAAAUUGUGCAAAAUGUAUACAUUUUUUAUCAUUUGUACAUACCGGAAAUAAAUUACUCUUCUGUUACUUCCAUUUUAUAUAUUUCAUGAAAUUAUACUUCUAUCAAUUUUGCUAUUGCUACUAUAACACAGAGCUAUAAAUAACAUAUUUUAAUGCACAUGUAUUUAAUUCAAUGUACUUCACUUAAUUCAAAUACAACGGAAAUCGGUUAUCAUCUAUAUAUUAUAUUUUAGACAACUAGAACACUUAUAAAAGGUUCAUAUAAAAUAUGCAAAUAAUCAAGAAAUUAUAAUUAUGUUCUUUUACACUAUAUGCAUUAUUUUUUUUUGUGAUAAAUGUGCACUUUUUUCAUGCCCACAGUGAUGACUUGUCCGCUGGUAUACAAAAUCAAUCGCAUUCCAUUUUGCGGUCUGAAUCAUUAUUUCAUAAAUCUACACACUUGACAACAAAAGUUACGAAAAGCCCAUGCAUAUAUAUGCCACGCCCUGAAAUCAGUUUGCUAAUUGAAAUCCGAUAACCAUUGAUAAAAAGUUAAUAAAAUUUCCCCCUACCUUCAAUAUAGAACUAAUAUAUGGUAGCAAUUUGACGUAAUUCUGCUGUCAAGUACGUUGUUCGGAUCCAGACUAAUACAUUUACGGAACCCUAGCUGGUCGUAUCUAGACACCCCCUCAUGCAUUUAUAUAAACAUUUUGCUUAAAAACUGUCGCAAUGACUAUUUGGUUAAAAGAAAUAAGACUAACAUUUAAAUACUCCUACGUAAAUUUUGAAGUGUUGAAAAGUUUAAAUGUUUUAAAGUGAAAGUAAUAUUAUGGAAUCAUCUUCACAUUUUUAUUUGAUGUUUUGUAAAGUUUUCUUUAGUCUAAGAUUUCUUAGGGUUUUGGUGCGCGGAUUACAAGUAACAUUUUUUCUUUAAACACAUGAUUUUAGCUUGUCAUAUUGCUUAGAUUUUAAACUCUUUUCAUAGCACUACAUGCUGUUCUUGUCACUAUGUAUUUGUAUAUAAUACAUCUUUUUUUAAUUCAUGUUCUAUGUUACACGCUUAGUAUAAUUUUUUUUAAAUGAUAUGUUACAUAUAUUAGAUUGGCUAUAGUCAUAUAUACAUGUAUUAUUCUUUUCAAAUAAAGUUAUAAUUGAUA